AGCGAAUAGAAACCCGCCGGGAGACCCACGUGAUCGAGAAAAUCGAAAUGGUGGAUAUAUCGAGACGCAGGAUCCGACGACGAGUUGAAGGACGAUAACUGGGCAAGGGCCUAGUGGUUUAAUCAUUGUCCUGGAAUAACUAUCCAUCUGAUUUUAUCUCGUCGGUAGCAAGUAGUGUUCGGUCGGUGACUGUGGGAAAUUCUUACUAGUGAACAGUAUCGCUAAACGCUAUAACGGUGAAGUGUAUUUGUGCCUCGAGCGAAGGGGACAGACCCGGACGGCAACACACGGGGCUUAAGAAGCAUGCGUGAGAGCCGAGAUUUUUGUUGUUCCGCGUACAGCAGUGUUUCUGUCACUAGGAAUUUCACCGCAAAACCCAUCGAAUCCUCGGCAAACCGUAAGGAGCACUGAUUUUGCAUUAUGGAAUGAUUCGUUCUAUUCAUUAUGUGAAAUUUUACUCAAACGAUCGUACCAUUGAUUGAAUUUAAUAACCAUCAAAUAAAUAAUACUCAAGGCGUGAUAGUGCUGCCUAACUCGAAGAAAUUAUAGAUUUUUCUAGUCCAUUGGAAAAAUUGUGUAACAGUUUCAAUUUGAGUAGCAAUAGUAGCAGGCGGGACUUCGUUAAAUUAUAUGAUGUAAAUUGCUGCAAAUAUGUGAUCAAACCAGUAUUUGAAGAAAUUUAGUUAUUAUUGUACAGACGUAGAGUAUAUUUUGGUUUCCGUUUAUGACUGAGAUUAGGAAUUUAUGUGUAUUUUAUUAGUCAAGGGACUCCUUCAUUAUUUUGCAACUGUAAGUUGAAACAGUUUCCAAAAAGCUUAUAAUAUUUAAUCAUAUCAUUGAAACAACUAUUCUACUUUGAAAUAUAAUUUCUAAUUGUAUCACGACGAACAAAACCAGAACAACAUUUAUAAUAAUCAGUAUAUUAAAAUGAAAAACUAAUGCUACAUAAAGUAACAGACUAAUUAAUGAGCUUGCAUGAUUUAAACUAAAAAGUUGGCCACCGGAUUAUUAUAUAAAUCUGGUUAAUGGGGUGCAGCAAAGAAUUGUUGAAAAGUGUAACUUCCAAGUGUUUAAGUAAAACAAUAUUUAAAGUCAUAAAAAAACAUAAUUAACAGGUAUUUCUAAAGUAUCAGAAACUUGUUAACAAAAUGUUUAAAAGGUAUUUUAAACACUAUCAACGUCAGGCGGAUACAACGUUGCAGAGAGGAGACGAAGCGAUUCUGAAGUGUUUUAUAGACGACAUAGGAAAAUCUUAUUAACCCUAGUAAGAGCAAGGGUUAAAAAAUGGACAGCAACGGGUCGGGAGUAGUGCAAGUAUUCGUGGGCCAGUGGAGCGCUGAAUACGAAGCACUCUCAAUCAAAGCUACGAAACAAACGUCAUCCGCAGAGAUUGUAGAAUGCAUAAUCGAGCGGUUAGGAUUUGUCGACGCGGCCCACUCUAACAGCUAUGAGCUAGCAGAAGUUGUUAGCAACUCUGUAGGGCAGGUGUGCAAAGAGAGAAGACUGGGACCAACGGAGUGUCCAGUAGCCCUGAUGUUGUUAUGGCCGAAAAAUGCAGCUCAGCAGGAAUACUAUAGGUUUUAUUUACGCAAAAAGCAGUCAGACUACUUGUGGUCUGACAGCAGAUUUCCCAUGGAUCCUCAACUCUUGAAGGACUAUUUCAAUAGGUUCUUAUAUCAACCUCGAGACAAAGAGUACCCCGAUCUUUGCCAACUGCCAGACCUCAACGAACAAACUCUAUUAGACAAUUUAAGGGCAAGGUUUUUGGCCGGAAACAUAUACACCUACGUUGGAAGUAUCUUGAUAGCAUUAAACCCAUUCAAAUUCUAUCCCAUUUACAAUCCAAAAUAUGUUAAAUUGUACCAAAACCGAAGACUUGGUCCCGACAUACCACCGCACAUAUUUGCGAUAGCUGAUGCGGCAUAUCACUGUAUGCUCAAAGAAAAGCGGAAUCAAUGUAUUGUUAUUAGUGGAGAAAGUGGUUCCGGAAAAACUGAAUCAACUAAUUUUCUAUUGCAUCAUUUGACUGCUCUUAGUCAAAAAGGAUCACAUGGUAGCGGAGUGGAACAAACUAUUCUGAGUGCUGGCCCAGUUCUAGAAGCCUUUGGCAAUGCCAAAACAGCACACAACAACAACAGCAGUCGGUUUGGCAAAUUCAUUCAAGUCAACUACAAAGAAAAUGGAAUGGUUCAUGGAGCUGUGGUUCAAAAAUAUCUCCUAGAGAAGUCAAGGAUAGUGUCACAAGGAAAGAAUGAGAGAAACUACCAUGUAUUCUACUACUUAUUGGCUGGAGCCAGUGAACAAGAGAGAAAAGUGCUUCAUCUUGGAACUACAGAUCAAUAUAAUUAUCUGAAUAAAAGCGGGUGUUACGGACUUGAGAAUAUCGAUGAGAGACAUGAAUUCUCUAGGCUGAAGCAGUCAAUGGAAAUGGUCGGAUUCACUCCUGAGAAGCAGCGACGAUUAUUUGCUGUUUUGUCUGCAGUUCUUUUGCUUGGUAAUGUGGAGUUUCAACCUAGAAAGUCAUAUCAUCACCAUGACGAAGCUGUUGCAGUUAAAAACCCUGAAGUUGUAGCGCUUAUUUCUGAGUUGCUCAGGGUAAAACAAGACACGUUACUAGCUGCGUUAACUGCCAAAAGAGCAAGAGCAUCAGGUGAAACAUUAGUCAUCAAUUACAGACUUCCAGAAGCGAUUGCUGCUAGGGAUGCAAUGGCUAAGUGUUUGUAUGGAGCACUAUUUGACUGGAUUGUCCUCCAGGUGAACCAUGCCCUGUUAUCAAAAAAAGACACAUUGAGAGAUCACCAAGGAAAUAGUAUUGGUGUCUUGGACAUUUUUGGGUUCGAAGAUUUUAAGAUGUGCAAUAGCUUCGAGCAACUGUGUAUUAAUUACGCGAACGAACAAUUGCAACAUUAUUUCAAUCAGCACGUUUUCCAAUACGAACAGCGUGAAUAUCGAAAGCAAGGUAUAAGGUGGACUGAUAUCGGGUACAGCGAUAACUCAGGCUGUCUGCACCUUAUCGAGGGCAAACCUAAUGGUCUUCUAUGCCUUCUUGACGAUCAAUGCAACUUUCCUGGUGCAACAAAUGAGACACUAUUGCAGAAAUUCAAUUCGGUACACAAAGAUUCACCGUUUUAUGAGGCCCCUCAGCGUCGUGAGGCAGCAUUUGUCGUAAGACAUUAUGCUGGUACUGUUAAAUAUCAAGCUGCCAAUAUGAGAGAGAAAAAUCUCGAUUUGAUGCGUCCAGAUGGGGUUGUGGGUGUUUUAAAGAAUUCUUCCCUGGCCUUUGUCCGGGAGCUAGUCGGAGCUGAUCCUGUUGCAGUGUUCAGAUGGGCGAUUCUUAGAGCUUUUUUCCGUGCACAUUUUGCAUUUCAGGAAGCAGGUCGGGCGCACAGACAUGGCAGAGCUGACGGAAACAAAUCUUCUGUGCAAAAUAGGUACAGGACACCUAACGAAAAUUUGAUAAGCCAUCUUGUGACGUUAUCGGCUGUCAAUCUUACUAUUAACCGAAUAGCUUCACACAAACAUAGUCGUCUACCAAGUUAUCAGAAGCAGCGCAGUGUCUGCUUGCAACCAACAACACCAACUGCCACAUUAACACAAAACGAAAACCACGACAGUGUAAACAACAACCGGCUAUCUUGGCCGCAGUUUAGAAACGUAAAUCAGGUUCAACAUGCAACGAAUGUUUCUCCAUCGAAGAGUUGCUUAAUAAAGGGAAGGGAAGAUCUCUCCGAUGGCCAAAAUAAGUUCAGGCGGGGCACUCAUACACCUCUAGAGAAGGUGCUUCCUAAAGACGAAGCAAACGUCAUGGAACGUGCUAAUCAGAUCGUUAUGAAGAACAAAUCAUUCCGACCACGGGAACGGGGGAAAAAAGGCUUAAAAAACCUUCAAACUGUCAAAACACUUGCUGGGCGGACUCAGAGCUAUGGUGCAGGAGGUGGUCCUGGAAAAGCAAGAAAACAACCCAUGACGGUUUCAGCACAAUUUCAGCAAAGCUUGCACAGCCUAAUGGACACUUUGAACCAGGCUAAUCCCUUCUUUAUUCGAUGCAUUAAAAGCAAUGCUAAUAAGGUUCCUAACAAGUUUGAUGAAGAAACUGUGCAGCGGCAGCUUAGGUACACUGGUAUGCUAGAAACUGUACGAAUCAGACAAGCUGGAUUUAAUGUCAGGCUCGCCUAUGAAGAGUUCAUUCAACUUUAUCGGAUGCUACUUCCUAAAGGCCUUCUCAGUUCGCAAUCGGACGUCAGAGAUUUCCUUCUUACUUUGAAUUUGAACAGGGAUAAUUAUCAGCUUGGAUCUACUAAAGUAUUUCUACGAGAAUCAGAAAAAAUCAAAUUGGAUAUUGAAUUACAUCAGCAAAUUAUAACUAGUAUCACAACCAUACAGAAAUGGUUUCGAGCUUGUCUUGAAAGAAGAAAGUUCAUUAGGCUAAAAAAUGCUGCUGUCCAAGUUCAAUCGUUUUGGAGAAUGGUUAGUGCUCAGAGAUUAGCACAAAGUAUACGUGCACGUGAAGCUGCAGUUCGCAUUCAGGCUUUUUGGAAAGCUUACAAACAGCACAAGUGGUUUAAAAAACUUAGAGCCGGUGUAAUUGCUUUUCAAGCUUGUGUCAGAGGAAAUAUUGCAAGGAAAAUGUAUUAUGAUAUGAAGAAAAAACGAGCAAUUGUGAUUGAUAUUUUGGCGGACCAGCAAUUGCAGCGACAAAGAAUUGAGAAUACUGAUGUUGCAGUUAAGAAAUUGAACCACAGGGGUGCAGACUAUAACGACUCUACAUUUGUGGAAAAUAGAGAUUUCAACAGGUGUCGAGAUGGCGAUGAAACCAAUAACGAAGAGCAAUUUUUGUCUCAAGCAUCACAAGUUUCUAGCGAAGAAUUACCUUCUGACCCACCAAAGAAGACAGAAUCUCAUGAACUUAUUCUACCACCUCUGAGGAUUGAGGAUAAGAAUAAAGAGGCUUUGGUUGUUGACUCAAAUAUUUCCUAUUCUAAGCGAAAGUUAACAACUAACAAACGAUUGUUGACUGAUCCUUCAACACCCCUAAAAAUGGUGGAACCAUUGUAUGGUGAAGAUGUAACAGAGCGCAAAGGGAGUCUUGAAAGUUUGGCAAGCUUAAGAAGUUUUGAAUCUCAAGUUAGUGCUGAUAGCUCUGAGUCUCACUAUUCUCAAGAAAAUGUUGUCAGUAGUAACUUGAAUAACAAGCCUGUUCCGAUCACGAGAACAAAGCGAGGUGAACCAAAUCCAUCGAUUUCUCUCAAUACGAAUUUAAUACAAAUGAACAAAACAUGUCUACCUAACAGAAGAACAGACAGCACAUCAACUGGUUACAGCGAUUGUGAACUUGAUGUCGAAACACCCAACGCUGUUCAAAGUGCCCCACCAAUGUUCACGUCGUCACCAGUGUUUCCAUCUCCUCAAGUUAGAUGUCCUCAUUUCAGUCUGACGCACAGUCCCAACUCUGAUAUAUGGCGGAGACGAUCAGAUAUAUCUACCAUUACUCGAUCUACCAAUGUUUCACAAUAUCAAAAUAUUACUGAAAACCUUUUGGAUCAAGCUAAGUUGGAGCGAUUGACGGAAGCCGCAAAUUAUAACGUCAAGCACGAAUCUAAUAAUCGUUUUAUCAGGAACGAAAGUGCCACGAGUCGAGAGCAGACAAGGCUUAAUGAGAAUACUAUGCCAAAUGAUCGUUUGGAAAGUGUAACUAAUACAUUAACAAAAAUGGAUCGUUUUGGUUUAAACAAGGAUAUCAAAGAUUAUGUCUUGCGUCGACAAAACUCCGAAGGAGAUACAGCUGACAAAAUUGACAUAUCGAUGCAUGAAACUUCUAUGAAGACACCAUAUAAGAUUUCUGCACUUCCCAAAGAAAAAGAUACAAUGAUAAAAGAAAAGUCAGAACCAGAUGUUCCUGUCAGAUGUGCUCGGAAAAAUCGGCCUACAAGAGAGGCCCAGUGUCGAUCCAUGGGCGAUAGUGUAUCUGAAUCAAAUACAAAUGAGGCGCGAAAUCUUUUCCUUGGUACCAUAAAAGAGGGGGACUCGAAUAAGUCGUCCAAUGUCUGGACUAGAAAACAUGUUCCUAAUGAUUCAACAACAAGAUCUGUUACAGACUGGCCAGUAAAUAAGCAUGAACCGAUUUAUAAAGUUCAGCAACCAGGAAAACGUAGUAGAGCAAAUGCCGUUCCAACAUUGGAACUGCACAGAAGAAAUUCAGACCCUGCUACCAAAGUUUCUGGGCUUAGUGUAGAUAAAAGUUUAGGAGCUGACACGAGUCCAAAUGACUUGAAACUUCCUCCAGGCUUGGGAGAAAUGGAAUGGAAACGUAACCAGCUUUUCUUUGCUGGCCAUAGAUUCAGAAAAGUAGCCCGAUACUCUAAGGAUGACGUUUGCAUUUGUUGUAACGAGAAAAUGGAUGCGUUUGUAACGCAGGGAUUCAAGUGCGCGGAUUGCAAACAACUUUAUCAUGUCAAGUGUAUUCAAAAUGGAGGUGUGAAUAGAAUACCAUGCUUAUCUAUGAAGAGAAAGUUACGUUCAGCAUACGAAUCUAAUAAACAACCUGUGGUACCGAAAUUCAGUUUGACGGGAACUUCGGCAUUUUCAGACAGCACUGAUAAAAUAAUUUCAGAUGCCAAGGAACUUGGCCUUAUGCAAGACUUUAUUACCAAGAAAAUUUAUAAAAUGGAAGGCCAGGAGGAGGGUAAAAAGCCAAGCGAGGUGGAUCGUGUUUUUAAACUAGCGUUAGGGAAAUUCAAAGAGGAUUUGGUCAUUACCUACAGUGUUGUCAUUCAGCAAGGAGUUGAAGGGAACAUAAAGUACACAGAUCUAAUAGCAAAUUUUUUGCACGUUAUGGAAACAGUUUGUAAACAAGAGAACACUAGAGAGGACUUCCCUGUUACAAUGGGUGUGAACGCGUUUCGGGGAUUUAUGAAUGAAUUCAUGACUCUUGUCAAAAACGAAGCUCCUGAGAAACAAAGCAAGAGUAAACGGAAAAAGGAUAAAAAACGGAAACAAGAAGAAGCAAUACAUCAUGGCAAUCACACCUUCCAGUUGACUAUAAUCAAUAUCCCAACAGCUUGCGAGGUUUGCACCUCGUUCUUCAUGUGGCCAAUCGAGAGAGGACUUGUCUGCCAAAAUUGUAAAUUAACAUGUCAUAAAAAGUGCUAUGGAAAAGCAACGGCAGAAUGUGGAAAAGAAGGAAUGACGUCUGAGUUGAAUCCACGCAAGGUUUUCGGUAUACCGCUAUUCAAACUAGAUUGCGGGGAUGGAAAAGUACCUUUGGUGGUAGACAGAUUAAUCACAACAAUAGAGCUGCAUGGUCUUUAUACAGAGGGCUUAUAUAGAAAGAGUGGGGUGAGCUCUAAAGUGAGAGAAUUAAAGUCAAAAAUGGACGAAGGUGCUUUAGAAGAUGUAGACUUUGAAAAUUAUCAAGUACACGUUCUGGCUGCCGUGUUGAAGAGUUUCUUCAGAGAUAUGCCUGAACCAUUACUGACCUUCGAAUAUUAUGAUGAUUUUCUACAUGCGGCCAAUCUCACAGAUCCACAUGAUAGGAUUUGUACCCUUUUUGCAAUAUUGAAAAAGCUGCCAAAACCUAAUUUUGAUCUUAUGGAAAGAUUGAUUGUCCAUCUAGCGAGAGUAGCUCUCCAUGAAGUUGAUAAUAGAAUGUCGUCAUCAGCGCUGGCCAUAGUAUUUGCACCUUGUAUCUUGAGAACAAAUCGAACACUACCUGCGCAAGAUUCACUGCAAGAUGUCGGUAGGCAGACAAAAUGCGUUGAGACAAUUGUACAAGAAAAGCUACGAGUUGUUAGGGCUACUCUAGAUGAUAUAAGUACUCUCGACUACGCCUGUCGUACUGCUACCCAUCGCCUUUCCAGUCUUCGAUCUUCGAAGAUUUUUAGUCCUGAGGAGCUUGGGCCUGUAACUUCUACCACUUUGGGACGUGGCAACAGUAGUGAAAGGGGUGAUGAGGAAGAAGCAAUUCUCGUUGGUCACAUUCAAGAAAUUCAGAAGGAGAAAGCGCUGCUCACAUCAACUCUGCCAAGUCUAACUAGAGCUUCGUCAGAUGACGAUCUUCUCUUAUCUGCUACAGAUUUAGAUGAUGGUUCCCUUGACGAACUCAUGCCUCCUCCUUCUGGUAAGUGUAUUAUAUUUGUAGAAAUAGUAGAAGCAGAAAUUAGAUCCAUUUAUAGGUCGAAAGUGACGAAAUUUUAUCAAUCUUCAGAUGGCAUCCCCCGGAAAAAGAUCAUCCAAAGACAAAGUUCAGCAGAUAAUGCCUUCCCCACUGUUAACGUUGACGAAGAUAUGGUAAUGGUAUGACCAGUGGUUCUUACCCACAGAUAACUUUGCUCGUUAAGUAUACUAGAUGAUAUGAAAAAUAUCGAUAUUUUGAGCAACAAAUUGGCUCUUAGUGUAACUUCUCCGUGGUUCAGCUUUUAAUCGUCGUUUGCUAACAAUAUUGGGAAUUUGAUGUUAGUGAAAAUUGACGUAAGGUAGGUUGAAAAUUUGUUGACUCCAUCCAAUGAAAAGUUAGUAUUGACAUGCAAUCAUAAAGCUUGCAGAAAUUAUGCAGAGGAUGCGAAAGGUAGUAAUAAUUGCAAAAAAAAAAAAAGAAAAAAAAAAUACCUUUCAGCUUAUCAAAUAAGGCAAGAUAUAUAUAUUGGCACUUUCUUCAGUCUAUCUAUUGCCUAGAUUCUUGAAUGUUACUUAUUUCUUUGGGGUACCUUGCACCAACAUCAGCUUUACGAGAGUUCGUGAUACUUUCGUGAUAUAAUUUUGUAUUAUUUAGAAUGCAUUCCUUAUAAAAGACUGCUGUUCAUAAGAGUUUAGUGGCCAUUAUUUGGGCAUUCAUUUCGUAUUUUUAGUUUUGCUAUAAUCUUUUACACUAUAUAGCAAUUAUCUCGCGCAAAUAUUCCGAUGUUUUGAAAGCUCAAUUUUGGAAUAGAAAAAAUUAAUUGUAACAACUUUUUUUUUUUUUUCCUUCAAUAAGGUAUGCUUCUUUCAAUUGUAGGCUAAUGAAAAGUUUAAGUAUUAUUUUUGUUUUGCACUCAACGUCAAUCGAGUUACCUAGGUAGUCAUGAAUAGAGUCGUAGAAAUAUUCGUACGUGAAAAAUAUGGAGUUGACAAAUAUAUGCUUGGAAAUCUUUAGCCACUAUUUUUUUUCCAAGCACUAAACCGUGUAGUUAAAACGGUUAAAAAAACACUACUUAAAUUACUAGAACCAAGGGAGAAAGUUAUCAAAAACACUUUUUGCAUUAAGAGAGAGAAAAAAAUAAGAAUAAACCAAAAUAUAGUGUGUACACUGUACAUAUUAUACUACUGUUUCAUGAUAUUCUGUUAUUAUUGUUACAUUUAUGAAAAUGUUGCCAAGAUUAUAUUUCUACUACUAUUGUCAGUAGGCAUUUUUUUUUCAUGCUGCUUUUUAUUUCGUGCCUUUUUAUGCAGAGACACUGAAUGGGGGCAGACUGAUUGGGUUCUGUCUAUUAAGCAGAUUAUCAUUUUAGUUUGUUAAUCGAUUUCAAACAUUUCUUUUAUUUCUUUCAUCAUCUAUUAGAUUUUGUUAGGUUUUCUUCUACCGUCUCAAUUCACACAUCUUACAUAAUUUUACUUUAAGUAUAAGCGAACAAAAAAUUGGUAAUAAUAGUGGAAAAGUAAUCUUUGGGAAAUUACUCGACGAAGACGCUUGUCGUUCGAUUCCAUAUCAGAGUUAAGUUUUUUGAUAGUUAAUUGAGUAUAGAUUGAAUACAUAGUCAUACUAUGUGAAUACAUCCUAUAAAUGGUUAAUGGCGACUGCAUCAUGAUAUUAUAACCCAGUGUUUUAAUAAUCAGGACAAUGAUGAUCCAUGUACAAUAGAAAUUUCGAUUACCAAUUUUCAAGCAUAAUACCUAAUUUGGAAUAUUAUGUGUUAUCAUUUGAUAUUCUUUCUUUUUGUGAGAUUUCUAAGGACUCAAUGUACCUUUUUAGCGUAAUCAAACAACACUAUAUAACUUGUAAGUUUAAAAAUCACAAGAAACUCGCAGGUGGCUCGUGUUACUAAUGGAUGUAUAUUAUUACUCCUUUAUUUACUACGUAUUGCGUGGCAUGUCAUGAAUAAUUUUCUUUUCUAAAAAUCGAUUCCAAUUUGUACCUUGCCCCAAAAGGAAUUUAAUAUCCAAUUAGGAAUAACGUAUAGACAAGUAAAGAGAUCAAUAACACACUGUUCUGAUACAUAUAGGUUGUGUUGAUUGGUAGCAUGAGCCUAUAUAUUCACGUAAUCCGUGUACAAUUGUGUUGAAAACUCAAUUCUGUAAAUAACCGGUUUUACUAAGCGUACUAGGAUUAUGCAUUCUUCACUUGAAAAAAAAAAAAACAAACAAAAUGUUGUCUGUUCUUCCAAAAGCUAUUCUUAAUUCUAUUUAACUACAAUGUUGUUACUUUCAGAGGUUUUUAAAAGGGAAAAUUGAAAAAGAAUAGAAUUGAUCAUAGAUAACAAUACGAAUCACAGUUUUUAACGAGUUUAAUCGAUAUUAGUCGGCAAAAUAUUUUUAACUCUUUUAGACUAUUUUAAAAGUGAACGAUUGGUUCGAAUCUUUUACGCUUUAUAUAUUUUAAAGUAUAUAAAUAAAAUAACAUGAAGAGAUAGAGUUACAUUAAAUGAGAAGAGAAAUAAUAAUUUAAGAAAUCUACAAAAUUAGAAGAUUAAAAAAUAUAAAUCAAUAUAAUUGUUAUUUUCUUAUUAUUGCCAUGACAUCUGGGUGAGCUUGAACAAAAACACAAUGUUACUACUGAAAUUAUGGCAAAGAAAUUGUUUUUAACUUAUACAUAUUAGCCACAGCACGGUUUAUGACGCACUUGAGUGUUGUACUGUUUCACGGGAUAAGAGUGUGCAGUUUAUUUAGAUUUAUAUCUAAAUAUUUG